AUGUCCAUAAAUGGCAAUAAUACUGUGCAAGAUCCGUUGAAAAAACGACGCGUCAUUCUUCCACGAGGUCCAGCCGUUGAAGAACGCUUUGUCGUAGUUAGUCAUGAUUGGUUUGUACCAGUACCAUUGUUACGACGGCUACAUUUAGCUGGCACUGAAAAUGAACUUGAAAGUAUCGUCUUUCCCUAUGAUGAAUCUUUUGAUUCACAUUGGCAAUUCUAUCUUGAACAUCAAUCGCAUCCACCGCGCAUACGAAUAGGUCUUGUUCUAUUAGCGCCACGUGAUCGAUGUCUUCGUGCUGAUGUUAAAUUAAUAUUAAUCACAACACAUGGUGGACAAGUAAUAAAAGAAUCAACCUUCUACGAUCACACAUUCUUUUUAGCUAAAGGCGAACCAACAUCAUCGUUUAUAAAUGAUCAUAUUUCAUCCAAACUUUGUUUUGAUAUCGAAGGCGAUCUCUAUCAAGAUGUGAUUGCAAAAAGUAAACAAGGAACACCAAUGAAUACAGAUGAUUGUACUAUUCUUGCUUAUGUUCGAUUUAUAAAUGAAAUUGAAAUUCAACCAAAAACAAAAGCAUUUGAUUUUUCACGACGUUAUACUGCUGAUUGGAAAUUAACAAAAUUUCAUCAGAUUAUCGAGCAAAUUAAUCAAACAAGACCACCAAUCGGUAAUGAUCGACGUUUAGUAUCGGAUCGGUUUCAAUUUACUCAUGUGAAAAUAAUCGAAGGCGUAAAAAGUAAAAAAUGGCGUCUAUUAAUCAAAUGUCCAGGCACAUCGCCAAACAAUAAACAAAGUCCAUUGUAUUUAACAAUCAAAUGUUCGGAUUUUAUUCAUGCAAAUUAUGGUAAGGUUGAAAUGAUAUGCAAAAAUGAACAUAAUGUUCUUCGGCGUUAUACACAAUCAUUUGAAGAUCUUGCUGAUAAUUAUACCAUGGAAUUUUUUAGUCUUGAAGAAUUAACUACAAAUAUUUAUUCUUAUCGACAUGAUUUCAAUGAAACAAGUGGUCGAUUUUUUACAAUAGAAUAUCUUCUAUUUUCAAUUCAAAUUGUACAACCAUUACAACGUAUCAAUGUUCCUAAAAGUAUAAAACGUGUUGUCGAGCCAACAAUGAUUUCCUUGAAUAGUAAUGGAAAUAUUCAAAGUAAAGGAACUGGACAUGCGAUAAAAUCCACUCGAGAACAGACGCUUUCAUCUGCUAUGAAAACCGAACCUAAACGAAUAUCAUCUGUUGUUAAAAUGAAUGAUAAAGUUAAAAGUCCCGAUCAACAUGGUGUUACUCGAGAAAAUACCACAGCAACUACCGCUGAAAAUCCAGCCACAUCAUGGGAUCCGUUUUCCGAUGAACCAAGAGGAAAUUCAAUGUUUCCACCGAUUGUAUCUCGUAAUCAACAAGCGUAUGCUUCACCUGAUCGAAUGAACAAUUCUCCGAUUCGUCAUCAACCAUCAGCUGAAUUGAGAAUCCUUCCAAACAUUCAAGACAGUCUACUUCGUUCACCACGUAUAUUUCAAAAUAAACAAAUUCGUUUUGCACCACCAUCACGACUUCGAUCAUUCGAUCGAUUCAAUCAAAAUUCAACUCAACCGCCUACUCUAUCAAGUUCUAGUACAACAACGACAGUGUCUGAAUUACCCGAUAAUUUUAUAUUCCUUAAAAAUUUAUAUCGUUCUGGCCUUCAUUCAGAUGUUACUAUUCGUUGCCGAGAUCAACAAUGGAAUCUGCAUAAAAGUAUUUUGUCAGCACGUUCGAUUUAUUUCAAUCAAUAUUUUGCUUCAUCCAAUGAAUCUGAAUUAGAUUUAUCGAGUGACGAUGAAACACCGCCACCAAAUAUUCUUGAAAAACUGUUUGCCUAUGUCUAUACAAAUCAAUAUAUGUCAUUGAGUUCAUCAAGUCAAACACCAUCACCGGCUGCAGAAAAAAAGCGUCGCCGAUCAUCAUCAACAACAAUAACAGCAGGAUCAGCAACAGCUAAUCCAUCAUUUGAUACGAUUCGUCUUCUAUUCUUCGGCGCUGUUAAAUACGGUAUUGAUGUACUUUGUCUUCUUUGUUUACAUGAUAUGUGUAAUACACAAAAUUUAAAUAUAAAUACAGCUGCUGUAUUAUUAGUUUGUAUUCAUCAAGCUCUUACUGGCUUAUAUGAAAAGUAUCAUACAAAUGAUUAUUUAUUACAAGUAAAAAAUCUCAAACAAGUUGUGCUUCGCUUCAUUCAAUUCCAUUCACGAGAAGUUCUUCUGUCGCCACAAUGGAAACUUCUCGAAAAACGUUAUCCUUCUCUUGUUCACGACGUACUCGAGUUCGUUGUUUUUGAAAAAAUAGAUGAAUAA